AUGGCCAUUGCAGUCUUUUCACUAGCAAUUGUGGCUGUCGCCGCCCUGGUCAUAUACAAAGGCAUCAUAUACCCGGCCUUACUAUCACCGCUAGCCAAGCUUCCCAAUGUGCAUUGGAGCGCUCCGAUAUCUCCCGCCUGGAUAUUAUGGAAGCGAUUCCAGAUGCGAAAUAAUCAGACUAUUCAAGCGGCGCAUGAAAAAUUAGGUCCGAUAGUCCGGCUUGGGCCCUCUGAGAUCUCGAUCAACUGUGUUGAAGAUGGCAUUAAGUCCGUUUACACGGGUGGGUUCGAGAAGCAUGAAUGGUAUCCACGGGUCUUUGGGUCUCUGGGUACUGUCAGUAUGUUCACCAUGACUGCAACUAAGACUCACUCUACUCGUAAGAGAAUGCUGUCAAACAUCUAUUCCAAAUCCACGCUGCAGACGUCGCCGCAUCUGCGAUUGAUUUCUGAUACUGUGAUUCACGAUCGCCUACUACCUAUCCUCGAGGAAGCAUCGGGAUCGAAUAGCCCGCUAGAUGUUCAUGAUCUUAACCAGGGACUAACUAUGGAUUUUGUCUCUUGCUAUCUGUUCGGCCUGCAGAACGGCACAAAUCACCUACUGAAUCACUCAUUCCGGAAACAUUGGCUCAAUCUAUACAUGUGUCGCAAACCAUUCGAAUUUUAUCAUCAGGAAGUUCCCUCUCUGUUGGGAUGGAUGAAAUGCCUCGGUCUUAGAAUCAUUCCUAAAUACUGCGACGACGCCAAUGAAAUGCUGGAUUCCUGGGCUUUGAAUCUAUGUGAUAAGGCAGCAGCUUCAUUAUACACGACUGACCCAGCCAUAGAGCCAAUUGUCUACAAGCAACUCAAGCAGGGUCUCGACAAGCAAUCGUCAAAGGAAGGCGACAUCAAACCUGAUGCAACCAAGCAGCAGAAUGAAAUUGCGUGUGAGAUGUACGACCAACUCACUGCUGGCUUUGAGACCAGCGCUGUUGGCCUCACCUACCUGUUCUGGGAGCUAUCCAAACACCCAGAAAUACAGGAGAAGCUCCGCGAGGAAUUAGUCACUCUAGACCCCUCGAUUCAAUUCCCUAAAUCGGCAGAGCUGCCUCCGGCUAAGGCUAUUGAUAAUCUGCCUCUGCUUGAAGCUAUUGUGACUGAGACGCUGAGACUUCAUGCCCCCAUCCCAGGCAUCCAGCCUCGAGUUACCCCCGCGCCCUCAUGUACCCUUGCUGGAUAUGAAAUCUCGCCCAACGUGCGCGUCAAUGCACAAGCCUACUCACUACAUCGUAACCCAGAGGUAUUCCCAGAGCCCGAGUCCUGGCAGCCAAAACGAUGGCUCAAGGAGGAGAACUCGGCCGCUGAACUCGAUGAGCGGCGCCGCUGGUUCUGGGCCUUUGGAAGUGGUGGGCGCAUGUGUGUUGGCAGCAAUUUGGCACUCCAAGAAACAAAACUGGUCACUGCUGCUGUGUACAGUAACUUCCGCACCACCAUCGUUGAUGAUGAGGAUAUCAAUGAGAUAGACGCUUAUACGGUUGGCCCAAAGAGCAAUAAGCUAAUUCUCAAGUUCCAACGGGUUUAG